AUGGAUCAAUCUCAGAACCAGCGAUCACUAACAACACCACCACCACCAUCGCAUUCUGUUCAAUUUCACCCUGCUCGACCAUCGAUUGAGCCAUCAUCUGAUAUUUCCUCGAGUCAAUUACAAUCUAAACUAAGAGGCGGACCAUCUGUUGAAAAUAAUGAUAUCAGUAACAGUAACCUUCGCCAGCUAUGUUGCAAAAUCAUUUUAACUGGUCUGGAGUUCAGUUUAAAACCUGUGACAUAUGCCAGAAUCUUCAACCAUAUGCUCAAUUGGCUGGUGAAUUGGAACCAGAGACAACAUGGAGUUGAUGAAUCUGUUAUUCUGAAGUCAUGGAGACUUGACAAAACUAUAAUUGCCUGGCCACAUAGUUGCUUGGAUGUGAUCUGGCUUUUAGUUGAUGAGGGAAAAUGUCGGGUUCCCUUUUAUGAAUUAUUACGUAGUGAUUUUCAAUUCAUAGAAAAUAUACCUGAUGAUGAAGCAUUAUUUACACUUAUCUUGGAGAUCCGCAGGAGACAAGACAUGAUGGCUCUGCACAUGCAAAUGUUAGACCAAAAUCUUCAUUGCCCUACAUUUGGGACUCAUCGGAUCCUAAACCAGACCACACCUACUAUUUCAAAUUUAAACGAAGCAAUAACGCACCUGCGACUAUCACCACUCUCAUAUUUAAGUGUACUUAAGAGAACCAUUGCAAGGAGAGGAUAUUACAUUCAGAAGGGAAGUUUGGACUGGGAGAGAGCUGUACGUUGCAUCAGGCAUGCUCUCCGUACCACACCUUCACCUGAUUGGUGGAGACGAGUACUGGUACUUGCUCCUUGCUACAUGCCUUCAUUUCAAGGGAGUGCUGCUGGUGCUGUUUUUUCUUCAGAGAUGAUUUGUGAAGCAGUUAUUGAUAGAAUUGUAGAACUAUCCAAAUUAACAAAUUCAGAGAUAAAUUGCUGGUAG